AGACUUCCGAGGAUGGCCGAAUUCUGUGUUCGUGUACUCGUAAAGGGGAAACCCCUCUCCCGACUCGCAUUUGUAUCGAGAGGAAUCCUGGGUAAUAAUUAUGCUGUGACGUCAUCGCAGUCUGUUCGGCAUGGAUCAGAAUAUUUUAAGAGCAUCUUCCCUGUUGAUGAGCAAACAAUCAGAAAAGAGGGUCCCGAAAGAAUUCGUGUUAUACGUCGGAAUAAUGAGCAAUACUUGCCCACGCAGCAGUAUAGUGACGUCACAACACUUUAUGAGGGGUUCCAGAGAGGGAAGAGAGUGUCAAAUGACGGGUCAUUUCUUGGUCAUCGGAUUGGUCCGGGUCAGCCAUACCAAUGGAUAUCAUUUUCACAGGUUGAAGAGCGAGCUCGUCUCUUUGGAUCAGGGUUGGUGUCACUUGGUUUCUCACCCGGAAGUGAAACCUUUAUCGGCAUCUUCUCACAGAAUAGACCAGAGUGGACGAUAGUUGACUUUGCGUGUAUCUGUUAUUCAAUGGUCUCUGUGCCUCUUUAUACCAGUCUUGGAAAGGACGCCUUGAAACAUAUAGCAGAGCAAACAAAUAUGUCGGUACUGGUUUGCGACGUCUUAGACAAAGCAGAAUCUGUUUUGGAAUAUGCUGCUAAUUUACCGCACUUGAAAGCAGUAGUGGUCAUGGAUCUGCCCCUCGAAGGUGGGGAAGAAACAAGACACAAAUUUGAAGCUGCGGGACUAAGGCUUUUGUCAUAUGAUGACGUCAUCGAUAGAGGGACAUCUAAUCCUUGUGAUCGUGUGCUACCGAAGCCGACAGAUCUGAAUACAAUCGUCUACACAAGUGGAACAACUGGGACACCUAAAGGUGUGCCGCUCACACAAGGUCAUCACAUAGUAAACCAUGCUUAUGUACAUUCCGCCUUUGACGUCCCAUCAUUCGGCAGCCCAGAUGAUUACCAUCUAAGCUAUCUACCUCUCGCACAUGUCUUCGAAAGAGGUAACAUGUAUCACGGGAUGAUACAAGGCACACAUGUAGGAUUUUUUCAAGGCGAUCCCUUACUCCUGCUUGACGACCUGCAGACUUUGAAACCUACUGUCUUUUUCGCUGUUCCCAGAAUUUUCAACCGAAUACAUCACCAGAUAACGUUAGGAGUGACAAAUUCCAGUCCCUUGAAACGUUCUAUCUUCAGUUUCGCUUAUCAACAGAAGUCGAAAAAUUUACAAAAAGGUAUAAUAUCAAAUGACACAAUCUGGGAUAAACUAGUGUUCAAGAAGAUCCAGGAUAUAUUUGGCGGAAGGAUGCGCUUUUUAUUUUCUGGUGCCGCUCCCAUCUCGGAGGAGGUUGCCACCUUCUUUCGUGUAACAGUGGGAUGUCCGUUUUUCGAGGGCUACGGACAGACAGAAACCACCAGCAUCAUCACUCACACCAUCGAUAUCGAUAUGUCACCAGGUCACGUGGGUGUGCCAGGGGGUGACAUGGAGAUCAAGCUAGUCGACGUCCCCGACCUCAACUACCAUGCCAAGGACGACGAGGGAGAGAUAUUCGUCCGUGGAAAGAAUGUAUUUACAGGGUAUUACAAAGAUCCUGAGAAAACCAAAGAAGCAUUGGACGAGGAUGGAUGGCUUCAUACUGGUGAUAUAGGUCGAUGGAAUAAAAACGGUACAUUAUCUGUCAUAGAUCGUAAGAAGCAGAUACUGAAAUUGGCACAGGGGCUUUACGUUGCUCCAGAAAAGGUAGAGAAUGUAUACACCAGGCUCCCGCUUCUCACCCAAAUCUUCGUAUAUGGUGACAGUAUGAGAGAUUUCAUUGUUGGAAUAGUGGUUCCCGAUCCACAAGAGUUGGAGAAAGUAGCCAGGUCUGUGGGUGUGACUGGAUCGUUUGAAGAACUUUGUCAAAAUAAGAAGGUGACCGGAGAAGUAUUGAGGGUGCUUCAGAAACACGGCAAGGCAGAAGGUCUUCAAGGAUUCGAACAGGUCCAAGCGAUUAGUCUCAACCCAGAGCAGUUUAGCGAACAGAAUGGCCUCUUGACUCCGACACUCAAGACCAAACGAUCAGCGAUGGAAAAGGCAUUCAAGAACCAACUUGACAAUCUCUACACAACGACAGACACAAGAUCAUAGCUGAUAAAACCAUGGAAUAGCCUUCCUAACAGCAAAGUGAUAAUGCAGUUGACCAGCAAAAUUUAAUCAGAAAUAUUUUGAGACUCGGGAAGAAAGGAAAUGGGAACUGUCUCAACAUUUAAACUAUCAUAUAUUCAUUUUUGUCUCGCUUGCAUUAAAGGGAAAUCCAGCCUUGGCCAUAAAUGUUGUGUUGGGAAGGAGAAAAAUAAAUUAAACAGAAUGGUGAAAAUUUGAAAGAAAUCGGACAAGCAAUAAGAAAGUUAUAGCUGCUUUAAAAUUGGGAUCACUAAUAGUAUGUAGAUUUCAAAUUGGCAACUGGGUAAGUAAAUUAUGACAAGGGGCAAGGACAACUUUCCCAUAGGCCAUGUACUUUAUUAUCAGGGUUUUGUGGUUUUCUCCUAAGUAUCCACUCCCCUGGGGCAGUAAUCUCAAUAUAACCCAGGUAGUAAAUUGUUUAAUGUCCUCAUGAAAGAAAAAUGUAAUUUUAAAUAAACCUUUUCGGAAAAAUGACAUUUUAGCCAUAAUAUGUAGUGGAGUACAUGGAAGAGUAGUCCUCGCCUUACAUCACUAUGACAUCCCAUAUGUGGCCAAUUUGAAGUCUCCAUGAGUAUAGUGAUUAUCAAUAUUUACAACUUUAAAAUUUCAUAACUUUCUUGUUGUUUGUCAAAUAUUGUUCAAACUUUCACAUAUCAACUUGUCUAAUUUAUCUUUUUCUUAUAAAAACAAGUUUUUAAUUGGGUUGGAUUCCCCUUUAACUAUAGGCUCCUCUUUUUUCGACGGUGGCGACGGCGAUGACGUCAUUAUUGAAGAACCCAGACCAGAUUUAAAAGUAGAAUUGACAAAAUGGAAAUAUAUAUUAAGCUACAUCAUACGACAAUGUAAUUAUUAUGCAAUUAUGCAUAUCUACCCGACCCCUGAGUGUUUUGCUUAAUUAAAUAAAAAUAGAAUUAACGGGUUUCGACAGUUGGGUCUUCGAGCUUCUGAUUUACGUAAUGUUACAUUGUGUCAAGGAGGUUGUGAUUCCAUAGGGUUGUACGUAUAGGGCAAGAUGGAUUUUUUUUUCAGACUAUGAAUUUGAUUUUUUUUUUCAAUUUGAAGAGGAGAAUGGUAUUGAUAAUUAUUCAGUGCUCAAAUGGAUGGAAGCAUUCAACUCUUCACUAGGUUUUUGUGAUUUCUUUGUUGGGAUCUUAUUCAUGUUAUUGGGCCUAACCUGCUAUCCUGUAUGUCAGGAAAAGUUGUUACAUAUAUUAUUUUGAAUGCAGAUAGAAUUGGAAAGCUGCGCCAAGUAAACGGGAAAUAAAAUAUUACAAAACUAUUAGUCCGAAUAGAUUUAAUCAAUUCAAGCUUUAAACAAAUAUUUAUCGGAUAUUUAUAUAUGAUAAAAGUGAAGAAAAUCACAUUUGUAACUAUAAAAUAAAAAUAUCACCCAGUUGUUAUGUGUACAAACCUAGGGAAUCACGACGCUUUUAACGCAGACAUGACGUCACGGAUCUGAGGGCGGUGAAAAACAUAAUAAAACUUAUUUUCGAAGCCCGAUAAUUGGAGCUAUUCUUAAGCAAAAUGCUCAAAUGGAAAGCGGUGAAAAUGCAUAAAUCUUGCAUUGCUGUGUUUUGUAUUUCAUAACCAAAUCAUAUCAAUCAAAAUUGAUAUGAUUUUUUACUCUCUCUUUUUUGGUUCGGUCGGGGUCUUUAACAAGGUUAAGUUUUUAAUGACAUCAUAACAUUUAGGAGGUAAAAAGUUAAUAACACUGAUCAAAGUUAUCGUCGGGUCACAUGACCAAGGUCAUAGUUUAAUUUAGGGUCAAGGAACUCUGACCAUGUUGAGGGUAUCAACAUUGAUGUCUUAACUAUGGUUAAGUUUUUGAAAUGUCAUAACUUAUAUGAAAAACAUAAUAUAUGGACAUAUUGCAUGAAACUUGGACAUAUAAUGGUAACUGAUCAUUCAAGUCACAUAAUCAAAGUCAACAUGGUCAAAGGCCAUUUAGGUUCAAUUAAAUGUUAUUACCAAAUGAAUGUUUUUGCAAACAUCAUCUGAAUUGAAGAAGAAAAGGAUAUUGGAGUAUUGCCGAAUAACAAACAAAAAAGGCAAUUACUCUCUUAUCAUGCUUAUGCUAUAUGUUCUGUUCGUUAUUUUUGUCUUGAAUAAACCUUUUCCCUUUGCUUUCGAUGAAAUCUUAUUUUCGUUUGUGUUAUCUUCCGUAUAAUCAAGCAAUUACAUAUCAAAAUGAACUAUCCCUUUAUAUGAGGGUAUUACAACUUUUUGGAAGCUGGAUAAACUAUUUAUCAAAUGAUUGUUUAUGGCACAUGUAUACAAAGUAGAUCUAUAUGAAAACAAGCAAUAUGAAGUUUCCGAAAUUAUUAAUAUCAUUAUUAAGAUAAACAUGAUAAAUGUGAGUUAUUGGUUUCAUUCACGAAAUGGUUUUAUUGUAUCCUUAUGCCUAAUAGUACACCCUUUGAGAAGAAAAUCAUCUGGCAAAUCCGGUCACUAUGGAUAUCUAAUGAAGGUCAUUUUUUACAUGUAUUUUCAGAGUUUCAUAUUUAAACUAUCAUGACUGUGUAAUACAUUUUCUCAGCAUGUGUGCCGCUUUUAUUUUACAAAGUUACCAUGGUAACCAAAUUUCUUAAUAUUGCCCAAGAUAAAUGUUCUUGUAAUUCGCUCAGAUCACCUCUCUACCUGAUAACAGUCAAAACAUUUUUCGUUUUGUAGUCUUGCGAUAUAUUAUUUUCUUUCUUGUAAAUAUCUACAGAAUUAUUUAGUGAGAAAAAUUAUUUUGGACUAAAUCAUAUAAAGCUUUCAUAUUCAGUAGGCUUAGUACAUUUUACAAAACAAUUUACAAUUUUAAUUACAUGCAAUAUUUGAUAUAUGAUAAUUUAUAUGAUUUGAUUUAUGAAAAUUCAUAUUAUAUUGAAAUUAAAAAAAAUCUUAUAUGACUUCAG